CGGCGCCGGGCGGACUCUUUCCUUUCGCUGCUGCGGCGGCAGCCAUGAGUAUGCUCAGGCUUCAGAAGAGGCUUGCCUCUAGUGUCCUCCGCUGUGGCAAAAAGAAGGUCUGGUUGGACCCCAACGAGACCAAUGAAAUCGCCAAUGCCAACUCCCGUCAGCAGAUCCGGAAGCUGAUCAAAGAUGGGCUGAUCAUCCGCAAGCCUGUAACUGUCCAUUCCCGGGCUCGAUGCCGGAAAAACACCUUGGCACGCCGGAAGGGCAGGCACAUGGGCAUAGGUAAGCGGAAGGGUACUGCCAAUGCUCGAAUGCCCGAGAAGGUGACCUGGAUGAGGAGGAUGCGGAUCCUGCGCAGGCUGCUCAGGAGAUACCGUGAAUCUAAGAAGAUUGACCGUCACAUGUACCACAGCCUGUACCUGAAGGUGAAGGGCAAUGUGUUCAAAAACAAGCGCAUUCUCAUGGAGCACAUUCACAAGCUGAAGGCAGAUAAGGCCCGCAAGAAGCUCCUGGCUGACCAAGCUGAGGCCCGCAGGUCUAAGACCAAGGAAGCCCGCAAGCGCCGUGAGGAGCGCCUCCAGGCCAAGAAGGAAGAGAUCAUCAAGACUUUGUCCAAGGAGGAAGAGACCAAGAAGUGAAGCUUCCCUCUGCCUGUACAUAGUGGCCUCGGUGGUCAGUUGCACAGAUCAUUGAAAUAAAAUAAGCCUUUAUCUGUU